GGGGGGGGGGAUACGGGGAACGGUCUGUCGGCGAGCAUUUAAAUGCAGGCCAGCAUUUUCAGGGCUUCGGUGGUCUCCGGCUCACCGCCACUUGGCUUGGCGAAAUGUAUCGCCGAGUGCAGAGGAGCCAGCCACCCACAAGGAGGUUCGAGCGGACCGGAAAGGGGACAGCCGAGCCUCGGGGAGGAGAGGAAGAGGCUGGUGAUGAUGUUGAUGGCAGCGGAUCUGCAACGGAGAUGCGUCGACUGUGUGAGCAUGGCGGUUCGAGAGCUUUUCCGUAAUACAGACCUCGUCUUUGGCUGCUCGGCCGGCCACGGGUCCUGUGCCGCCACACCUCCCAACCCAUUCCAGUGUCGUCCGCCUCCCAUUUUCAAGCGAGCGACGAAGAGAGCAGGAGAUCCAAGUGCGAAGCGACAGGAAACCCCGCCGCCACUCGUACAGUCUGUAGGUGAAAGUAUGUCUUAUCCGUCAAACGCUGAUACGAGACGUCAACUGAGGCCAAGAUCGUGGAAUCCCCGCCAUCCCACGCCCACGACAUAAAAUGUCCCAUGAGGCGCCAGCGAAUUUCAUCUGUUGUCCAUCACGCUGUAGGACGUAGGCGUUUGUCCGUAGCCAUUUCCUGGGC